GGGAAGGAGGGAGCGUCUCCUCACUCGGCCGCACUCGAGCUGUUUGUCAACUGUCCUCCUGCUGUCAUGGAGCCGCCAUCCCAGAUGUUCCCCUGAGGGAGCGAGGAGCGGCAAACCUUGGCUGAGGUGAGGGAACGUCAGUGCGUGGGAGAGCGGAAGCGGCAAAGCCAAGUGGAAGUCUGGGAAGCGGGGAAGAGACGAGGCAUCUGGACAUGGAACUCGGCGGUCUUCUCUUUGUCUGUCUCCUGCAGGCUCAGCUGGGGACGUUCUGGACCGGAGCGCAUGAAGACGUGAAGAGGGGGACGCCUUGGGGGACACCCAUGGGUGCGCCCAGUUUGCCAGGAACCAGCCUGUCUAGAGGCGCCCGCAGCGCACCGUCCCAGGGAGGCCGGCUUGACAUCAGUUUCCUGCCUGACAACAUGACCCAAAUAGUGGAGGACUCCCAGCGCUACUACAGCUGGCAGAGUUUUGGUCCUGAAGACGAACGCACCAAAGACCUGUGGGUGGAUCUGGACUCUCUGCACAAGAGCCAAGUCCGAAUCCACGGCAUCUUGUCCAACGCGCACCGGCAAGCAGCGAGGGUGGCGCUGUCUUUUGACUUCCCUUUCUACGGACACUACUUGAGACAAAUUAUCGUUGCGACUGGAGGCUUCAUCUUCAUGGGGGAGAUCACUCACCGCAUGCUGACCGCCACCCAGUACAUUGCCCCCCUCAUGGCCAACUUCGACCCCAGUUUCUCCCAAAACUCCACUGUCAGGUACUCGGAUAACGGUAAUCUGUUUGUGGUCCAGUGGGACAACGUGCGGCUAAAGGAGCGAGAGGCUGAAGGAGCGUUUACCUUCCAGGCUGCCCUGCACAGGAAUGGAACCGUGGUGUUUAACUACAAAGAGAUCCCGGUGUCAGUGGACAGGAUAAACUCCACCGAGCAUCCGGUCAAGGUGGGACUGUCCGACGCUUUCAUGGCGUACCUCCCAUCCGCACAGGUGGCAGACGCAAAGCAGCGGACCAUCUACGAGUAUCACCGCGUGGAAAUCAACACCACCAAGAUCAUCAGCAGAUCUGCCUUUGAGUUCACGCCGCUGCCCACUUGUCUUCAGCACACCUCCUGCGACCUCUGCUUGGCGUCCAACUUGACCAGCGGAUGCGGGUGGUGCAACACGCUUCAGCGGUGCUCCGACGGGAUCGACCGGAUGAGACAAGAGUGGCUGGAUUACAACUGUCCUGAAGAGGCUAAAGGCACAUGUGAGGACUACAACUCGCCUGAAGAUUCUACGCUCUCCUACAACCACUCCUCACUUUCUCCCGCAACAUCUGCUGCCACUGAGCUCCAGGGCGAGUCUGUUACCAGGGAACCUGCUGGCAACUCUGCAUUUGAUUGACAACACGGAUGUAUCAAACUGGCAAGCUACAGAUUCCAGGCAGAGGUUGGCACUAGCCUCAUUCUUUGGCAGGCACAAGGAGGCCGCCCAUCACUCAAUGCCACAUUUCUACCACCACCGCUGCCCAAGAGGGUUCGUGUUGGAGAUCCAGAUGAUGUUCGCACUGACCAAGUCGCACAUUAAAAUGUGACAAACAUGGCCGCUGCAAACUCUGCAAAGUCGAUGCAACCACGUGAUGUGCGUCUUUGCUUCACUGAGGAACGAAACUGUUUCAAGUCUUACCAUCUGACUUAGGCUAAACGGCUGAAGACACUUACCAGACAUAAGAACUGAGAAAAUGUUUUGGGCAAGGUCCUGAUGAUACAACAGUUUCAUUUCUCUUCAGCGUUUACGUUUUUUUUGCACAAUUUAUGUUUGUAGGUCUGCAGCUAUGGUAGCUUAUUGCAAAUGUCCCCAAAUAAGCAGUGUUAUUUAUUUCUGAUGCAUUUGGCAUAUUUUGUGAUGCAAAGCAAGAAGUUUGUUAAACCUUGCUAUUGAAGUCACAGUUUUUACAUAUGUUAUGGAAAUGCAAAUAGAAAGGCAGUUUUGUGGUCCCAAGCAGUAAAAACUAGUGAUGGGAAAAUGAAGCUUCAUGAAGCACUUGUGAUAUUUUUAAAAAUUUCCACGGCAUCUUGAAACCAAGAGUGCCAUAUAGAGGAGUCAAAAAUAUCACAAGGCUUGUGAAGCUUCAUUUGUCCAUCCAUCGCUCGUAAAAAACAUCAGGUUUACUUCUUUUCAAAGAAGGAAUGUGUUUGCCACCAACGCCCAAUGUGACAAAUAUGUAACAACACAGAUCUUUGGUAAUAAAAAGUGUUAUUCUGAAAAAAAGUUACAAAUGUGUUCUAUGUGGUCCACUUGGUCUGUGGUAUAGCCCGGAUAAUUUUCCUUUAAGGAUAAAUGGGCCCGGGUUCUUAUGGGCUAGAAAGCCCGCUAUUUAAAAACCUACUAAAACAUUUUAUCAUUUUAUAUCCACCUAAUUAAACCUAAAUUUCCAAAAAUGACCACUUUAUUUGUUUUGUUUCUCAAAAUAGCAAGUCUAUUUUCUCUAAUAUUUCAAUGUUAUGCUACUAAAAUGUUAUUUUCCCUCAUAUUAUAACUUUUUUAUCGGAAUAUUUUGACUUUAUUCUUGUAAAACCCCUGAUAUAUGCUGUACAUUUUACUUAUAUUAUUACGUAUUCAUACAUUAGUAUCCAUCUAUGGUGAAUGAGGUUUUCUUUAGAAAAAACAGACAGCUAUUUUCUAAAAAAAAACAAAAAAAAAACACAAAUCUGCAAAUUUGCGGGUCUGUGAAUACUGAAGCGAAGUGUACAAAAUGUGGCCGUUAUAAAAGGUAAACAUGUUGUAUUAUAGC